AAAAUCUCCGUGUCUUUGGUUGUUUAUGUUAUCCUUGACUUCGGCCUCAAACUUCUCACAAACUACAACCUCGUUCCACUCCUUGUGUUUUCUUGGGUUAUAGUGGUUUACAUAAAGGUUAUCGGUGUCUUGAUCGAUCUACUGGUCGUAUUCAUGUCAGUCGCCAUGUUCUCUUUGAUGAAUCAGUGUUCCCGUACAAGGAUACUCCUCUCGACCCAAAUCUCAAUAUUUCAUCUGAUCUGUUUCUCUCAGAACCCAUUACACUUCCCGGCCCAUUACCCUUGGCUGCACCCACGCCUCCCCAAUUGUCUACCUCACCAUCUCAUAACUCCCCCCCAGCCCACACAAAUUCCCUCUGAGCCCACCAUAACCCUCCCCAAGCCCACUUCACCCAUACCCCAACCCGACCCAGCUACCCCUACCCAGCCCACUUCACCCAUUCCCCAACCAGACCCAGCUCCCCCUACCCAACCCAUUUCACCCAUUCCCCAACCCAAACCAGCUUCUCUUACCUAGCCUACUUGCACGCGCCCUCCGCCGUUGCUUCAGUAUUGCCGCCGCCCCGUCCUUGCUCAUCCCUCCCAACCGCCUCUUUUGCAUUAUCAGCGCCGACCGAAACCCGUCUCCACUCCCUCCACCGCCAUUCCUGUACAACCCCCCCCCCCCCCUCCCACCUCAUCCACCUACUACAACUCGCCCACGAACCUCUCCCAAGCCUUCCAUCUCUUCCACCCUAACAAAUCGUCCUCCUUUUACUACGUCUCCCCGCAUUGUGACAUCCCCUGCAUCCACACCUCCCCAACGAAUGAUUACACGAACAUAAACAGGCAAGCUCCAACCCAGUCAGUAUCUCGAUGUUGCUCCAUCUGGCGUGCCUUCUACUGUGGCUCAGGCUCUGAAAUUACCUCGUUGGCGGUCUGCUAUGGUCAACGAAUUUGACGCUCUUGUUCGCAACCAUACCUGGGACUUGGUUCCUGCCCCUCCCGACUGUAAUAUUUUGUCUAAUCGCUGGGUGUUUGCAGAGAAAACGAAUCCAGAUGGCUCUCUAGAACGCGAGAAAGCCCGGUUGGUAGCACGUGGCUUUGAGCAGAUUCCCGGCCAUGACUUCGGCGAUACCUUCAGCCCAAUUCUGAAACCAGCCACACUACGGCUUCUGCUGGGCAUUGUCGUCUCUCAAGCUUGGCCAUUACAUCAGGUCGACAUAUCGAAUGCAUUCUUACACGACACUCUUCAAGAAGAAGUCUAUAUGCGUCAGCCGGUUGGGUUUAUUGAUCCAGAACACCCAGAUUCUGUCUGCCGACUUCGGAAAUCUAUCUACGGAUUACGCCAAGCGCCUCGUGCUUGGUUCCACUGUCUCUCUCAAGCUCUUCGGGACUUCAGAUUUGUGGCAUCCAAAACAGAUCCGUCACUCUUCAUUUACCGGGCUGAUUCUGUGGUUCUCUAUAUGUUGGUCUAUGUGGAUGACCUUGUAAUAAUAGGCACAGAUUCGAAGGUCAUCCAGGAGCUGAUGGUUCAUCUUCGUUCUCGGUUGCUCUCAGGGAUUUUGGCCGACUGUCUUAUUUUCUUGGCCGGGAAGUUCACUAUACUCCAUCAGGCUUGAUCCUCAACCAGAGAAAAUACAUCCUAGAGCUGUUGGAACGCUCGGGAAUGGCCCAAGCAAAGUCUAUCUCCACUCCCUGCACGCCUGAUCAGCUCACACAAAGUGGAUCAGCUCUGUCUCCGGCAUUCGAUAAUCCAACCUUGUACAUAAGUAUAGUUGGUGGUCUCCAAUAUUUGAGCUUUACUCGGCCAGACAUAUCCUUUGCGGCCAAUCACGUCUCUCAGUUUCAGCAGUCACCCUCUGAUGCUCAUUGGGCAGCUGUGAAGCGCAUUAUGCGCUAUCUACAAGGUACAAUUACACAGGGCCUUCUCUUCCAACGAUCGGCUUAUUCACAAUUACAUGGUUAGUCAGAUGCAUCAUUUGCCUCUUGUCCCAAAGAUCACAAAUCCGUAUCUGGUUUUGUUGUUUUCCAUGGCGCAAAUUUGGUAUCUUGGUCAACUCGGAAACAGAAAGCGGUGGCCCGAUCUUCAACAGAAUGCGAAUACAGGGCGCUUGCGACGCUUGCCUCCGAGGUUAUUUGGUUACAAGCACUCUUAGCUGAACUUGGACAAUCUCCAUCAGCAUCACCUGUUCUAUGGUGUGACAACCUCGGCGCCACAUAUCUCGCUCACAAUCCGGUUUUUCACACACGGUCCAAACACCUAGAGAUUGAGUUCCAUUUUGUUCGUGAUCGGGUUAACAAGCAACAACUACAUGUCCGAUAUCUUCCGGCUACUGAUCAAAUAGCGGAUGUUCUUACGAAGCCUCUCACACGACAAUCCUUCCGCAGCUUCUGCUCCAAGUUUCACCUCUCUGAGGUUCCACUUGCGGGGGCGUGAUAUGGGAGAGACAUACUCGGCAACUACCUCUCCACUUCUCCUCUCUCUUCGUUUGUGAUUGUUACUUUUCUGUUCUUCUGUUCCUAAGUUUGUGUUAGUGGAGAAUUAGCUUCCUUAGGAAUAGCUAUUAGUUGAGAGUCUCAUUGUAUAAAUACACAUCAAUAAUACAAACAUAACUCAGGUUUUCUGAGACUCUUACACCCACAUCGUUACGUGACACAAUUAUCACGGUUCAAAUUUAUGGAUUUGUCAUUGUCUAUAUCUACACUCACUAUUACAAGUCUUGGAAGGGCAUUUUGGGAAGGUUGGCUUAUAUGGUUCUAUCCAUAGGAGAAGGGAUUAUUGAUUGUAGAUAAGAAUAAGAAAACUUAAUUCCCAUUAAAUUUAUAUAAGGCUCUCUCCAGACAGAGUCAUUGAAGGCCAAACAAUGUUACUGCUGAUGGCUAAAAAAAGAGAUAGGGCUGACAAUCGGUUUCUUGGUUAACAACUUAUCCGGUAAGGCGGUAAUCGUAUCGAUAACCGAUAAACAGGCAAGCAGUGCUUCGGCAUACCGACCUCCCUAGUGUCGAGGAAGGGAAACGCGCGGCAAGUAGGGGCCUGAAACCCUAAUCAGGCGCCACCCAUUCCCAUUCGAUCGACAAUCCUUCCUAGUUCACAGCUUCCCUCCCUUCUCGCGUUCGAGUUUCGAUCUACCCCCGGUCCUCUACUCCUCUAAAUCUUUCUUCUUUGUCUAUGACCUGGCAGCAACAACCAACAGUGAAGUCGAGCAGAAGCAAAGCUUGGAAGUUGGAACAGAGCAGCCGAGAGCAGCCUUAGCGGUUACUCGGUAUUACUAGUUUAUAAUCGUUAAUCAGCUAUCCGGUUACCGGUUCACCGGUUACAAACCUAUACCGGUAUUCUAAUCUCGCGAGCCCUCUACUGAUAUAUCGAUAAUCGAUCGUUCAGCUACCGGUUAAACCAGUAAUUGACCGUUUACCACCCAAAAAAGAGCAGAAGAAAGGAACAGAGUUACA